AUGUUGGCUCGUCACAUUCAAAGCCUAAUGAAUUUCAGGUAUUUGGAUCUCUCGUGCAACGAUGAAAUGACCAGGCUUCCAAAAUUUAUCACCAUGCUUUUAAACUUGCUAGAGAUCAUAGUUUGUGCCUGCAAAAGCCUACAAGAGAUAUCAACAAACUUGUGUUAUCUGUUAAUUGAGGAAGUCCCUCUUGUAGUAGUAGUCGUGUUCUAUAAGGACACCGGGUGA